CAUGGCGACGAGGACGCUCCGGUCUGUCGUUAACAGACACAAAGUGCCUCCAAUAGUAUUUCUGUUAAUAUAUAUAGAUCUACUUAAUUGCCAGCAGUAUGCAAUUCCAUUUAAGGCUCCUUCAGAUUGUAGUGCGGAAGAAUCUUUCGAUAUCUCGAGUCUUUCGUGUGUGAGGUGCGGCUCAAAUCAACGACGGAGCUCAACAGGACUGAGCUGCAUCUGCAAGACGGGGUACCAAACUCUCACCACUGACAAGGCAUCCAUUACUUGUCAGCAAUGUCCCGCUGACCGACCUGCCGUAAUUAAAGAUGGGUUUGGAUGUAUUCGCUGUCCAGGCAGUAUCAAUGAUGAGGGGCAGUGCCAGUGCCCAGCAGGCAAUAUUCUGGUGGAGAGAGAUGUCAAUGGAAACCUUUUGAAUACGGCCAGUUGUGAAUUGUGUAAUGGGAACUCCCCGGGUUUGUCUGUCCCAAACCCCAGUGGAGACAGGUGUGAGAGAUGUCAGGCUUUCUUCAUGAACACCUCCUGUGUGUGUAACCCUCCUAAUGUCCUGGCAGGAGGGUUAUGUUUUCCUCCAGGCAGCCUCUCCACCAAUGUGAAUCCCAUUGUCAACUAUGCUCAGUUGAAGUUCAGUGUCCAGUCUGCCUGGUUCUUCAAAAACCUGUACUCCUCGUCAGCAGCCUGCCUUGUCUUCUCCAACCUGACGGCGUGUCAGGCUCUCGGGAACAUGUGUGCAAUGAACAUGCACUCCUUCAGUGGCGUCUCCACCGAUGCUUGCGGCCUCUUUAACACCAUCUUCAGAACUAGAGCUGCUUUGAGCUCAACUCAAGACAUUUCCUACUGGAGAGUUAAUCUGCCAUGGCUUUACUAUGGGGACGAACCGGGACUGGCCAGUCGAGUGCUUCAGACCGAUCCAGUUCCCAUCGGGUUCAGUUUUAGAGGAAGAAACAAGAACACUGACAUUAAGCUGCUUGCUGCUGUCUAUAAUGUCAGAGGAGAAUUCCUCAGAUGGGAACAAGUAGGAGGAGGUAAUCUCCAGCUUUGUCCAGAAACCUCCACCAAACAGGCUGCAGCCUUCAGCUUUGGAACCGCUUACCAAGAAAGUUGUGAUCUCUCAGUUGCAGAACUGUUGGGUACUCAUCCAGAGCCAUUGUUCUAUGAUGUGUUUAUGGAUCUUAGUGGAUCAGAAAACAGACAACUUCUUCCCCUGCCUACACUGGUCUAUAACCAGCAAUACAAUGGGCGGUUCAUCAACCAAGGUGACAUUUCAAUUAAUAUCAUGUGUGUGUGGGUGUGUGCAUUUUCUUUUAAUAUGUAUGUUGUUCUUUGUACAGAGAGCAUGAAGAACUGGUACCUUUCUCGACGUAUGUUUGUUGUUGACACGCUGAGUGGAAGAGAGAAAAGCCUGAGUUCCCAACCCAAAGUCAUCCGUGUAGCUAGCAGUAUCAAAAUAAGUUUCCAGCUAGUUCCACGAACCCAAGAAGGACAGAUAUUUCCUCCUCUAAUGACUGUGACCUACACGGACGUUGCCAUCACGGAUAUCAAUACACAAACUGUGACUACAACGUUUGCUGUGGAGUAUGAGAUGGAUCAGAAUGAGGCUCGCAUAAAAACGGAUACUGCUCUCGGUGUCAUGGGUGGUUUGGCCGUCCUCUACUCUCUACUGAAGACAGUCAGCUGGAAGAGGAGGAUUGCCUCGCCCCUCAUUGAUGUGAAGACUAUGCUGAAGUUUUUGUUGUUUUAUGCCGGAGAUCUGGCCAAUGUGUUCUUUGCCGUAACUGUGGGAACUGGACUGUACUGGCUCAUCUUUUAUAAGGCCCAACAGUUUGUAUCUGUGCUGUUACCACUACCUGCUCAGGAGGAGCAGUUUGUGACGUACAUUGGUUGUGCCUUCGCUCUCAAGGCUGUCCAGUUUCUGCACAAGUUGAUCCUUCAGGUGUCAAUCGAUGUAUUCUUCAUAGACUGGGAGAGGCCGCGAAGCAAAACCAGCAGAACUGUGCAAGUUUCAGCUGCUGGUGAGCCAAAACGAGACCCCUCUCCGGUCAGCAUCUGGAGAACCUACUUUGUGGCCAACGAAUGGAACGAGAUCCAGACCAUCCGCAAGAUCAGCCCAACUUUUCAGAUCAUGGCUGUGCUCUUCUUUCUUGAAGUGCUGGGUUUCUCUAACCUGGCCCUGAGGGACCCCUGGCCAACUUUACAGCGCUCCUCGCAGGCGUACACGCCGUCAUACAGCUUGAUGCUGCGCUACGGUCUGGCAGCCACUCUAUGGCUCUGCAUCGGACUUUUACAGGUGAUUUUCUUCACUGUGUUUCAUGAGCACUUUGUGGAGGACAAAAUCCGUCAGUUUGUUGAUCUUUGCUCCAUCAGUAAUAUGUCUGUGCUGCUGUUAUCUCACCGUUGCUUUGGCUACUACAUUCACGGACGUUCAGUACACGGACAUGCAGAUACAAACAUGGAGGAAAUGAAUAACAACCUGAACAGAGAAUCGGAGUCCCUGUGCGGUCAGAGAGGUCUACUUCCAAACACAGAGAUCCAGACCUUUCAGGUGUCUCUCACCAACCGCCUGCGGUCGCACUAUGACAGGAUACGGGAGCAGAUCGACAGGAGUCACGGACCAUCCCGGAUGAUAGACGGAUGCUCGGCUAACCAGUUUGAGCAAAGGGCCCGAGGUUACCAGACCAUGAACUACUUCCUGGGAUCCAUCAUAGACCAUGCACAUCCUGACAUGGACUAUAUAGUGAAGGACAAGUUGAUGUUUGAGAGGGUCAUAGGGAUGGAGUUCCUUGAACCCAGUGAAAAAAGCAUCUUUUACAAUGACGAGGCCCACUCCUUCAGUGAUGUGCUGUUUUAUGGGAAUGAAGCUACUCUGCUGAUCUUUGACACUUUGUUCUUCUGUGUCGUCGACCUCGGAUCGCAGAGCUUUGUACUUGCAGCUGUGCUUACAAGCGUACAGCAAAUGAUAUUUCGCUUGAUCCGUAACACUCUGGGAAGGAAAAACCUUGUCAGCAAGACUCUGGUGGAUAAGAGAUUUCUGAUAUAAAAUUCCAUGCUAGGUAAUUGGUGGUGUCAGUGUUGUUUAGUGGCAUUAAAUAUGUUUACAGCUUGUGCAGCUCAUUUUUGUCCUUUUCUUUACAUAUGCAGUAUUUUUGCAACUGUUUAUAUAGUUCUGUAAAUACAAUUUUUGUAAAAAUGUCAAUGUUUUUAUUGAUUAAAAUGUUUUGAUUUAAA